AUGGCCUCACCCGACAACGACGACCGCGAGCGCCUCAAAUCCGCCCUCUGGUUCGCAGUCGGCCAAAUCGUCGACGAGGAGUGCCUCCGGCGAAACCGCAACGCAACGCCCCAAUUCAUCGGCGCCCUAACAGAGAUGGUCUGGACGCAAAUCGGUAAAAAAACAACCCACUCACCUCCACACUCGUCACAAGCAGAACACCUGACGCGGCGAGCAGAAAACGUAGCCAUAGACCUGGAGAGCUUCGCCAACCACGCCUCCCGGCCCAACGUCACGACCGAAGACGUGCUCCUCCUGGCGCGCAAGAACCCCGACCUGCAGCAAAUCAUGGGCGAGUUCGUCGACGAGAGGAAGGGAAUCAAGGAGGCUAAGAUGGCUAGGAGUAAGGCCGGGGGCCGUCGUCGAUGA